AUGGACUCGAACACGACAGAUGGAACCUGUGACAACCCGAGCUCACCUCCCGCCAGGUCAACUGUUGGUAGUCAAGUCUCUGUCAGUGGGGAGUUCGUACUUGGCUCAAACAUAAGUGCCUCGCCGCAAACUCAUACGCUCGAAAUAUCCCCUCAGCCUCCAGUUCCCUCGCCAAACCAUUACUCAUCCACACCCUACUUGAACACUCCAACCCCCGAGUCUACUUACCUCUCCACACCUGCCUCUCAGUCAUAUUCUCAGUUUCCAACCUUGGCUUCAGCAGGCAUUGAUUCAACCUGGAGUCAACCAAAUCAAGCUCAGGAGGAACCAAGAUCAUUGAUUUCCUUUCCCCAAGAGGACAGGCAUCAAUUGGUAUCGAACUCUCGUCAGGCAGGACGAUCGACCAGCAUGAGCACUGUUGCUAUUCAAUUUGAUCCAGCCUUUACCAUGGGACCUCGAUCAGCCUUCACAUGGCCAGGCCCUCUUGAGACAAGUAACUCUGGAAACAGUUUGCUUAGUCCUGGACUGCCUUCAAUGGGACAUGUUUCUGGAAGCAGCCUCACACCCCCACCACAGUCGAGAUCCGUGACAUCGAGCCCCCCACGAUUGUCUCUUUCGGCAGACCAGCGAGAAGUCAAACGACAGUCAGAUAGGGCACGUCGAGACUCGAGGCUGGUGAACAGAAUGCGCCGCGCCAACAGUAACCCUUACGUCGAUUCUUCGCCUUCGGCUUUGGGGCUUGCCACUACCACAGCAGCUAUGAACAUCUCAGCCUAUACAACGGCACCUGCUCCCGUGACUCUCAUGAGCGAUACUCCGACUACAAUGAGCAGUUCGACAUAUCUUCAAUCUUACAGCCCAUCCCUCGAAGACCACCAAACGCAAUCCGCACCCGUUUAUCCUACCUCAUACCCACAAAGCUUGCAGGCGAACUAUAAUAUGCCCGUGGAUUAUGCAGCAGUUUAUGCAGGAUCCAGUCAGUAUAGUACUCGACCACCGCCUGUACCUGUUGGCCAGGACGUUGGUUUUAUGUAUCAGGUACCUACCGUCCUAGGCCCUGGAGGCGCAAACACGCAAGAAGCGGGACAUGUCAGAGUCGUGCAAAGUCGGCCGAAGCCGCGAUGCUGGGAACACGGGUGCAAUGGACGACAAUUCUCGACUUUUAGCAAUUUGUUGCGACAUCAGCGCGAAAAAUCUGGCCAAGCCGCAAAGGCUUCCUGCCCCAACUGCGGAGCCGAAUUUACGAGAACCACUGCACGAAACGGACACCUACUUCACGACAAGUGUAAGGGUCGACGUAACUCAUGA